AAACCUACGAACGUCUAUUUAAACGAACCUGUCUCGUAGGCGAGGUCAUAUGGCGAAUCAUGUCGUCUGUGAAAAAGAUGGCGACGACAAAUAACAGUAAACCGAAAGGAAGGAGAUUAUCGAAAGAAAGUAUAGAUUUUUAUCCUCUUGCUGUGCAUCUGUUAAGUAUUGGUUUUGGGUUUCUACACCGGUGGCAUGUAUCAACGCUUUUUGAAAAUGAUCGACACUUUUCUCACUUAUCAGAGAUCGAAAGAGAAAUGUCUUUCAGGACCGAAAUGGGAAUGUAUUAUUCGUAUUAUAAAACCAUCGUAGGAGCAGAAAGUUUUGCUGAUGGUGUUUAUAAACUUGCUAAGGAUAACAUAUCAGAAUAUGGAAAUGUGAUAAACGCGUGCAGAAAAUACAACCUCUUGCCAGAGAUUACAGCCAGUUAUUUCUAUCACAGUGCCAAGAAUCUAGGAUUAAUAUCGCAAGAACAAUGUUGGAAAACAGAGAGAGGAGGUGGUUUACCACCGGUAACCAGCUGUGAAGGAUUAGGCGUACCUGUAUAUUUUUAUCUUGAAAUAGUUUGGAUUACCACCAUAUAUACGGCUGCUAUACUUUUUAAAUACUCUACAUAUAUGAGUGAUUCUGUGUUCGGUGGUAUUAUUACCAUGCUAUUAUUUUUCUACAAUCAUAAUGAGUGUACACGUGUUCAGUGGACUCCGCCAUUAAGAGAAACCUUUGCAUAUCCAAUGUUACUCUUUCAAAUGUAUUCGGUGACUAAGAUCAUUGAACGACACACUACGCAGGAUAUACAAGGAACUAUAAGUUGGAGAGAACUUACCGAUGGAUUAUAUGUGAAUAUGCUUUUGGGAACCGUGAUUAGUCUGUGUAGUUGGCAAUUUUCACAAUUUAUCUUGGCCACUCAAAUACUAGCUCUUCUUAUUCUUAAAUGGGUUGAAAUUAUACCUAAGAAUCUAUUCUUAUCGCUAAGUAGAAUAUAUACAAUUUCUAGUAUUUUAUCGGUGGCUGUGAUAGAUGGCACGUUCUUAUUUAAUUCUUUAUUCGCGUGUAUUUUGAUCGGUAGUAAUUUCGCAGAAGUUCUUGCCAGUAAAUGUUCUCGUUUCUUGAAUGGCAGAAAAGAAGUUAUUUUUGAGAUAAUUAUUGCUGUACUUUUCAUAAAAUGGUUGAAAACAUAUAUUCUCACCAUUGAAGAUGACGCACACAUUUAUAAUAUUUUAAAAUCAAAACUAACAGACUAUAAGGAUUUUCAUACCCUGCUCUAUACGUGUUCUCCGGAAUUUGAUUUCUUGCAAUAUAAAACUUAUGAAGCAAUCAUCAAGACUUUACUUUUGCCAAUUGCAAUACUCUCAGGGAUAUUAGCACUUUAUUAUUGGUAUAGAGAAUAUGAAAGUGAAGGAUAUCCUUAUUGUAUAGAAGCAGACGUAUGUUACAAUGGAUUGCAAACUGGAGCUUUCAUUAUUAUGGCUGUAUUCAUUAUGAGAUUAAAACUUUUCAUGACACCACAUCUCUGUAUAAUAGCAGGGUUGGUGUGUAGUAAAAGAUACUCGGAAAAACUUGGAUUAAGAAGUAAAACAAUCAGAGGAGCUAUAAUAGUCUUACUUAUAGCUGGUAUGUCUUAUCACGGUUUGGAAAGAUUUCGAGAAGAACGAGGAUUCGUUGGAGAAUACAGUAAUAUCGAACAGGAAGAAUUAUUUGAAUGGAUAAAAGAAAAUACUCCUAAGAACGCAGUAUUCGCUGGUAAAAUGGCAUUAAUGGCUAAUUUGAUGUUAUCAACUGGAAGACCUAUUGUAAAUAAUCCUUAUUACGAAAGUGCAGAAAUGCGAAAUCGAACGAUGACAGUUUACGAAAUUUUUAGUAGGAAAAAUGCAACAUCCGUAUAUCUUAAAUUAAGAAAUAUGAAUGUCGGUUACGUUGUAUUAGAAGAGCCAUUAUGUCUCGGAUACGCAAAUGUGCCAAACGGUUGUCAAAUGGUCGAUUUAUGGGAUGUGGUUGAUAAUGGAAUGGCGAAAGCAAGUGGAAAACCACCCCUUUGUCCAUUAUUAUUAGAAGGGAACGCUUAUCCCUUCAAACGAGCUUUCAUGAAUAAUCAUUACGUAGUUUUACAAUUAGUUUAUUCGCAUUAUCUAGAAUAUAAUCCAAAGACUUCCACGCCGCUCCAGUAUCAAUUUUGAAUAUUGCGUUCGAGAUGACUGAAAAAACGUGACUAAUUAAUAGAUACAAAGAUUCUUCGUAAUAUAAUAAUAUCUCCUAUAGGCCUAUUUUUCUUAAGAAAAUGACGGGAAACAAAAAGUGACGAAAGAAAAAAAGAAUUACACAAAUAUUAUAUAUAUAUAUAUCUAUAGAAAUAUUAUAUAGGAAUCAAUAUAUAUAUAUAUAUUUUGUUAACGCUAAUUUGUGAGAUAAAGAAUGGAAGAAUUUUCUUUUCGGAAGAGGCGUACUCUUUUCGUAUCUGUAUAAAACGUUUCUAACGAAAUUUUAAUUAAAAUCGAGUUAGGAAACGAAUCUAUUCGAUAAUGAAUAAUUCGUUUGAAGAUAAUACAAGAUCCAAACAAACGAGAGUUGAUCGUUAACGAUUAUAGCUUCCGACUGAUCGUUCGAGACUGCUCAAAACAUUUUUAUAAUGAAAAGAAGAGAAAAAUAAAUUAAAAAAAAAAAAUUAUAAAGUCAAGAGAUACCUAGAUGGUUUUUUUUAAAUUUGCCAAGAAAAGUAAGGAACAAUUGGAAUUUAAGUAUUAGACCUUUUCUUUUUUUUUCAAUUAUAAAUUUUACUUGUAAUAUAAGAACAAAUUUAUAUUAUAGAUUCAUUAAAGGAUUUUCUGUGUGUGCGUGCGUUUUGUGUAAAUAAUAUAAUGUAAAUAUUUAAGUUUCUUUUUUAUUUUCUAUUCAUUUUUUUAUUUUUAUACAUUCCACAAGAAAAAAGUUCGAGAAUAUAGAAUGCUUAUUAAACUAGGUUCCUUCCUCGCGCGUCGUCCCUCAUCAUCGAAGUAUUUUUAUCGAAGUGCUAACGAAGAGUAAACGAUUGGUUGGAUGAACAAAGUAGAAAGAAAAAAGAAAGAAAAGAAAAAAAAAACAAGGCAACGAAGAGCGCAAACGUUCGCACCGAUGAGGAUCGGCCUUGAACGAUCAAAGCAUGUGCGUGGAUUUGCCGUAUGGGAUAUGAUGAUGGAUGAAUGUUUAAAAAAAGAAAAAGAAAUACGCAAGGGAAAUCGAAAAAAGAAGAGAAGGCGAAAGAGAAAAUGGGGGAAGGAAAGGAAAAGAAUUGGAUGGUAUGGGAUGGGACGGGACGAGAAGCGAUGGGAAGGGAAGGGAAGGGUAAGAGAAUGAUAGAGGAAGGGACACCGAGGGAAAGAUCGAAGUAUCGUGACGCAAAGAUAGCUCCGUUAUGACCGACACGGCAUAGCACCUUCACUUUGGAGUGCAACAGAUAGUAUAGUGGAGAGUUCGAAGCGUUUGCUAUACUACGUUGUGCCGCUGACCCAAAUGAAUCCUACUGACAGUCAGUCCCGGGCCGGGCUUCUUCGCGGUGAUAUUGCUCCCGCGUUCUUACUCUUCAAUAGAUUUAUAUUAAAAUAAAAAUAAUAAUAACAACAACAACAACAACAAUAAAAAUAAUAAUUAUUAUAAAGAACACAAUAAUAAAAGUCUGUCGCGUAAAAAAAAAACGUUGUUAUCCGCGUGUCGACGAGAGAACAUAAGAGAAAGGGAUAUCUCGUUCGUUUUUAAUCGGAGAGACAUUAAUGCGCACCAAUAAUAUCGUUCCCGCAUCGGUUACGUGAUAAAUUGUUUCCCAUAUUGUCACUUAAUUUACGAAACGCGAAGGAGAAACGUUACCACGAUGAAGAAGGGAUUCGUGGAAAGUGAAAAAUCAUUCUCAACGAUAGGAUAAUAGUAGGAUUAAAUACGGAGUUACGAUCGUUUUGAAAUUUGUUCGGGAAAAGUAUCUAUGAUUUCGUGAAUCUUGAUUGGCUUUUAAAUUGGUGGAGCUUCGAUCGUAAGGCGGGAAAGGAGAAAUAAAAAAAAAAAAAAAGGGAUAAAUUGAAAUUUUCAA